AGUUCUUAAGUCAGUCAAUACUUCCAUAAAAUAAGAAGAAGAUAAGCUAGGACCAUUAUCAACCUCAUCUCUCAUAAAUUUCCAAUGAAGCAAGCAAAGAACCAGAAGAACUCAGAAGGUGAUAAUAGUUAGUAAUGGCGUUUGGAGUACAAUACCUGGACCUGAUAUUGGUCCCAGGAGGGCUCUUGAUCAUGUUCACCUACCAUCUCUACCUCAUCUACAGAGUCCGAACAAAUCCCAAAGCAACCACCAUCGGCUAUGAGAACCUCAACAAGAAGAGUUGGGUUAAGUGCAUGAUGGAGGGUGAUUCAUCUCAUCUAAGUUUGGCACUUUCAGUGAUAUCAACAAACACAACAAGUGCAAUUUGCUUAGCUACCAUUUGUCUUACACUAAGCUCCCUGAUAGGAGCAUUGGUGGGAAGCUCAUCCAGUAAUCUCUUCAGGAACGUGUUUAUACUCGGAGACUCAAGCGCCGCCACCGAUUCCCUCAAGUACAUAACCAUGCUCUUAUCUUUCAUUCUUGCCUUCUUGACGUUCAUCCAGGCGGCGAGGUGCUUUGUUCAGGCCGAUUUCUUUAUAAGUACACCCAAUACGGAUUUGCCGGUGAGUCUUGUUCAGGCGGCAGUGAUAAGGGGGAAUAAUUUCUGGCAGGUUGGGUUGAGGUUGCUUUACUUUGCUAUGGUUUUUUUAUUUUGGAGUUUUGGGCCGAUACCGAUGUUUGCAGCAUGUGUGAUUAUGGUGGUGGUCCUGUCUUACUUGGACUCCAAUUCUAUGCCUUUGCAUCACUAUCGGCCGGUGAUCAAACCAGCUCCGGCAAAGAAGGUGGUGGAUAAUGUAGCCGCUGCGGUUAGGGAAGCGGAGCGCUCUGGAAAGCUGGUGGUGGAGGAGAUGGCCAGUGCUUUUAGGGCAAGAGAUCACCAUGGCGUCUAGAGAUCCACAUAAGGUUUUGGGUGCAAUCAUGUCAAAAGGUUAUUGGUAGAGUUUUGUUGAGGGAUGCAGCGGCAAAGUCAAGUUGCUUGCCCCACUCUCUCUCUCUCUAAAAAAACUUGAGCGUCAAGUUUUAAAUUCAGAUUCGAUCAUACUAAAUGUAUUGGUAUAUUACCUUAUAAUGUUUAUCUGUCCAUUUAUUUUAAAAAUA